AUGGAUGAACAUAUUAAAGAACCAAUUUAUUAUUUAAAUGGGCCAAAUAACAUAAAUGCUAAAAAUAUUAAAGUUACAAAAAAUUAUAAUAAAAAAGUACUAAAAGAUGAUCAAAAAAAUGAGAAAAACCAAUCCAAAUCUAUAUGUGAAAAACAAAAAAUAUUAUCUAACAAAAUAGAAAACAAAAAGAAUAUAUCUUUAAAGCCAGGGAAUUUAAAAUUUACGAAUAAAGUGGAAAAAAUACCAUUAACACAUUUAUUAAACUUUUCAUAUUCCCGAUCUCUUACAUCUCAACUAACAAGUUCAAAUUAUAAAAAUACAAAAAAAAAACAUAUACAUAAAAAUGAUUAUCGAACAAAGAAUAAAGAGUAUUUCAUUAAUGCAAACUAUAGAUUUAUUGUAAGUCCAUAUGAAGAUUAUCGUCCACAAAUGCUAGAUCCUGAUAUACCCAUACCUUGGAAAAAUAUAUUACAAAUACUUGUUUCACGAUUAACACAACAUUCGUUGUGCGCAAUAUGCUUAGAAGAAGAUCUUGUAGCAUCUCGAAUGACAAAAUGUGGUCAUAUUUUUUGUCUACCUUGUAUUAUACGUUAUUUUGAAAACAAAAAUGAAGAUGAUAAUAAGGAUUUCAAAUGGAAAAGAUGUCCAAUAUGUUUUGAUGCAAUUUGUAUUAUAGAUUUAAAACCUUUACGAUGGCAUGACAAUGUUUCUCCAGAAUUACCUGUUGAAGGAAAAGAAAUACUUCUUCGUUUAUUUAUACGCAAACAAGGGAAUUUUUUUUCAUUACCAUGGGAAAAUAUGUCAAAAAGUAUAGAUAGAAAUGAAAUUCCAUGGUAUUUUGAACAAGAUGUCCUUGAUUAUUCUCGUAUUAUGAAAGCAUCUGAAAAUUAUAUGAUCAAAGAAAUGAAACUUGAACUUAAAGAAUUAUACAGAAUAAAAGAUAGCAAAAAGACAGACAUGGUAUUUACAAACCAAUCGAUUAAUAAAGCAAUAGAACACAUUCAACAGUCUAUACUAUCAUUUGAAAAAAUAUCCAAUGAUCACAAACAUUUCUAUGAAACAGAAGCGUUAACAGAAACUCAAAUAAAUAUCAAAGAAUUAAAUAUAGAAGACAACAUAUUAACUCAAACUAAAUCAUUUGAUAAUAAACAAAAAAAUUAUUCUUACUUAUUUUAUCGACCUCAAAUAAUGACACAUUAUUACUUAUCUAUUUUAGAUAUAAAAAUACUUAAAAUGGCUUUUGGGGAUUAUACACUUUUUCCUCCAAAUAUCAUUGCUAAAGUAGAAAAUAUAUCAACAGGUCAUAUUGUAGAUGAUGAAUUGCGUAAACGAACAAAAUAUCUUUCUCAUUUACCAUAUGGAUGUGAAGUCUCAUUUCUAGAAUGCAACUGGUCAGGCGUAAUUGAUGAAUCAAUUUUAGAGAAAUUCGAUUAUGAAAUUAAAAGAAGACAACAAAAGAAAAGAGAAAAAAUCAUAAAAGAGGAAAAAGAUUCUAAAAAAAGAUAUUUUAAAGAAAAAAAUCAAGCAGAUCUAUAUUAUUAA